CAGGUCCCUUUUGGAGCUUCCGCCGUGCUGUGCGCUGGCCGGAAGUCGCUCUCACUCGACUGUGGCCGCCUCUUCGCGCACUCGACGAGCUCCUCCCCUUUGCCAGAGUUUUUAGAGCAAUAGAGAGAGCCAUCAUAAUGACUGAGAACGACGUUGACAAUGAGCUGUUGGAUUAUGAAGAUGAUGAGGUGGAAAACCAGGCAGCUGGAGAAGGAGUAGAUGUCCCAUCUAAGAAAGACGUCAAGGGGUCCUAUGUCUCCAUUCACAGUUCCGGUUUUCGUGAUUUUUUGCUAAAACCGGAACUCCUCCGUGCCAUUGUUGACUGUGGAUUUGAGCACCCCUCAGAAGUGCAACAUGAAUGCAUCCCCCAGGCAAUUUUGGGCAUGGAUGUCCUAUGCCAGGCCAAAUCCGGUAUGGGCAAGACUGCCGUCUUUGUUCUUGCCACACUUCAACAGUUGGAGCCAGUCACAGGACAGGUGUCUGUGCUCGUGAUGUGUCACACCCGUGAGCUGGCCUUCCAGAUCAGUAAAGAGUAUGAACGCUUUUCGAAGUAUAUGCCCAGUGUCAAGGUGGCGGUGUUCUUUGGGGGCCUGUCCAUCAAGAAGGAUGAGGAGGUGCUGAAGAAGAACUGCCCGCAUAUCGUGGUGGGAACCCCGGGCCGCAUCCUCGCUUUGGCCCGCAACAAGAGCCUCAACCUGAAACAUAUCAAGCAUUUCAUCCUGGACGAAUGCGACAAGAUGCUUGAGCAGCUUGAUAUGCGCCGGGAUGUCCAGGAGAUCUUCCGCAUGACCCCUCAUGAAAAGCAGGUCAUGAUGUUCAGUGCCACUCUCAGCAAGGAAAUCCGCCCCGUGUGCCGCAAAUUCAUGCAAGACCCCAUGGAGAUCUUCGUGGACGAUGAGACCAAGCUGACGCUGCACGGUCUGCAGCAGUACUAUGUCAAACUGAAAGACAACGAGAAGAACCGCAAGCUGUUUGAUCUGCUUGAUGUACUGGAGUUCAAUCAGGUGGUCAUCUUUGUGAAGUCUGUGCAGCGGUGCAUUGCACUCGCUCAGCUGCUGGUGGAGCAGAACUUCCCUGCCAUUGCCAUACACCGGGGCAUGCCUCAGGAAGAGAGGUUGUCACGGUACCAGCAGUUCAAGGAUUUCCAGCGCCGUAUCUUGGUGGCCACGAAUCUCUUUGGUCGUGGCAUGGACAUUGAGCGGGUCAAUAUCGCUUUCAAUUACGACAUGCCAGAAGAUUCAGACACUUACCUGCACCGGGUGGCGCGUGCUGGGCGCUUCGGCACCAAGGGCUUGGCGAUCACUUUCGUGUCGGAUGAAAACGACGCCAAGAUUCUCAACGAGGUGCAGGACCGCUUUGAGGUCAACAUCAGUGAGCUUCCUGACGAGAUUGACAUCUCCUCCUACAUUGAACAGACUCGAUAAAGGGGGACCCCUUCCCUCUCUACGUUCACCAUGGUUUUAGUUCCUGACCUCCUCCACUUCCCUGAAACUUCACCUUUAAUUUCACCUGAUGGAGAACGAGGGGACCGGCAGCCUGCAAAACACGAACACGCCCCAAUAAUCCAAAUCCUGCAGCAGGGAUGGAAGAGUUGCUGUCCAAGUGAGAACGGGGUCUCCUGAGCUCCCUAGAGUCACGUGAGAAGCCCUCAGGUUGACUGUCCCGUUGCCCAGCCGGCAUUUAAGAAGAUAACAGAGGGUCCCACUACCGACACCUGCAUGCGAGACACAUGUUCGAAUGGAUUCCCACUGCCUGCCUGUCUUCCUGCCAGGACAAUUUGGGGACUUCACCUGUCUGUUGGCUUUGCCCUGCUUCCUCUUCACAUCAGCACUUACCCGGUGACCAUCUUCCUGCGACGGGAGGCACAAAAGCAAGAGGAGUUUUGAUGGCGGUGCUCUGUGAAUUUCUGGCAUUUAGAAUUAUGUUAUGUUGUACAAGGGGGAAAAAACUUUUGGGAGGAGGGAUUGAAUGCACAUACAUUUUUUUUUUGUAUGGCCAUUCAUGACAAUUUUUAAGGCUUCUGUAUUUUUCUUAUGCGUGUUCCCCAUCCUUUUAAAAAUUUUGUUUGCAUGUUAACAUAUGAAGCCCCUGUCCCAGCUGGUUUCUUCUGGCAGGUAAAUUAGUAGUGCAAGAUCGACAAAUGUUUUAGCCGUGGCUUGUUCUUUCUUCCCCCUUUGAUGCCCUCUUUAUUUUAUUUUUUGGUAAUAAAGGAACCCAGUGUUAUGGGUGUUGAAUUAAACUAGUCUUGUGAAUAA